UGCACUGCUGACAACUCUCCUGGUAGUCACCCGAUCUGUGGGUCUCGACUGAACUGCCCUCCCACUUGUAUCACGGGACAUACUGUGGACAUAUAUGCAGACACUUUGAACCAUGUCUCAAAAACAGAUAGUGGAAGCAGUGGACGACGGCGGUGAAACCCUCACGUUCUUAAGUGACAACAGCUUCUUAAUACCCAACUUCCCCGAUGGAAUCGGCAUCGACGGUGUACGUUCAGUGGGAAUCCGUGACGACGACAUCUUAAUUUGCUCAUAUCCUCAAUCAGAAACCCACUGGGUAUUUGAAAUAACAAGAGAGCUCCUCGCAGGGGGGAUAAUCCACGACGACAACACAAAGGUCCAAACCUUCAUGGAAAGGACGUCAGAGGAGGAGUUAGCCGACCUCUCGUCUCCCAGGAUCCUCAACACUCAUUUGCUGAUGAAACAUCUGCCAGAUGACGUUUGUAAUAAGAAACUAAAAGUCAUCAUUGUUCUAAGAAAUCCAAAAGAUGUAGCUGUUUCACUCUAUAACGUCAUCCGAACGCUUCCAUUUGCCAACUACAAAGGGGAGUGGAAGAACUAUGUUCGACCCUUCUUUCAGGGAAAGUUUGCAUAUGGAUCCUGGAUGGACUAUGUUCUCGACUGGGAGCAGGUGAAAAAAGACAAUCCUGAUCUGCCUGUGCUGACUAUCUUGUAUGAAGACAUUAAGGAGGAUCAGAUGCGAGAGAUGAGGAGGAUUUAUGAGUUCCUGGAUGUAAAGAGGACGGAUGACUUCCUGUCCAAAGUGUGCAACAACACAACUAAAGCCGCCAUGAGGACUCUCAAGGAGGACGAUAGUGGAAUCAAAGUUUUUAGAAAAGGUGGAGUGGGUGAUUGGAAGAACUGGUUCACUGUCGCUCAGAACGAGUGGUUUGAUCAGCUGUACCAGGAGAAGAUGGCCGACUGUCCCCUUCAGUUUAAAUACACACUGUGAUUUACUGACACUGUACUUUAGCCCAACCUACGAUAAUAGCUUUUGGUAACACCUUCAGGAAUGUUUACCUUAUACGUCAGUGUCAUCAUUGCUGGAGGAGGAGAUCAUUAAUCUGAUAUGAUGAGUUACCAUAAUAUUGAUUCUGCUGUAAGACCAACACUAUAAGGUUGGACAUGCCCCUUGCUUCUAAGAAAUGUGAUCUUUUCUUCGCCUGUGUAAAUGUGUAGUUGACGUUAUAAGUCGCUUCCAGCAAUAUUUCAGUUAUUUCAAAACAGAAAUAUGCUGGACAUCACUACUUUAUGACAUUGCCUUACAUUCUUAUCUUAGCAUGCAGAAUGAAUUGGUUUCAAACAACGCUUGCAGCGCCUUUGUAAAAUCCAUUGUCAUAGUUCAGACAAACCUUAAGCUGAAACUGGGACAAACUGGAAUGAUAGCAGAUUGAUUGAGUGUGGAAAUGAUCUUUAUACUUCAUGAUGAAGAUCAAGAAUAAUUAUUGUACAUAAGGCAUUCGGCCCGUAUGUACAUAGUAUUAUAAUGACAGGCAAAAUAUGGGCCAUGCAAAAAGUGGAAAGCAUAACACUGUGAAACUUCUGUCUUAAAGGGGAAGUGUACACGAAUAAAUCACAUUUAUUCUUAUAUAAUUUCGUACUUUGAAGUUUACACAGAUUCCCGAACGUUGGUUGGUUGACAGAGCGGUCAUGUGAUUUAAAUUUCAAGAUUCAUUUCUCUUGAACCCAUUCAAACCGUUAAUACGUGUGUAAACAUCGUUCAUACGUGUGUGAACGUUUUCGAGCCGACUACUUGUCGGGUUUUCCCAGGAUACUCUCUGUCCAGCUUGACGUAAACAAAAUAAAAAAUUAUCCUUUUCACAAGUGUUUAAUCUCUCGCAGUUUGCGGGUUCAUCUGACGGUUUUCUACCCCGUGGUCUAUUUAACAACUAUUUAAUAAAUUUCACACUAAUCAAUCAAAAAUAAAUAGAAUACAACGAGAUCUGCUUCCUAUUCGCCACGCCGCACAACUUCGAAGUCGGUCAUUGUAUUAUUACGCGGUCAAACGAAUCCGUCAAAGCGUAAAGGUACAAUGACAGUUUGUUAAAAUAAUAUUGAUAUUUGCUUCUGUUUGAUAAUUCUGUUGAUGUUAUACUUAUUAAAGCAGUUUCAAACCGAA